GUUUUAAAUCAUGUAUUAAAUAAAGCGUUUUAAAUUUGUCUAUUCAUUUGUCAAUUUAAAAGUGUUUGAUUUAUUUUCAUUUCUAAAACUGGCACAAAAAAUCCUCCAUAUAAGAGGACUGAGUGUUUGUAAAACUAGUGUCCACUAGAGUGCGGCAACAGCAUCGUCAAUUCCUUAUGCAUUCCCUUACAUUCAGAUGAUAUACUGAUGCUUCAUACUGUAGAUACAUGAACGAUUUAAAAGAAGUAGACCAUAAAAUAGACACACAAUGUUUAGAUACGCAUGACAGAAAUAUUUAGGACUUCAUUUCCCAGAAUCACCGGGAAUCACCCUUGUGAUAACACGGUGCAGUGAUGAGAGGAUGAGAGGGAGAAAGAGGAAUGCGUGCCCGUGACGUCAGUGAGGCACCUCUGUCGCAUCAUCUCACUGGCGCUGCUUUAGAAUGAACGGAGAGGAGAGCGACAUCAAUCCGGUGUGAAUGUGCACGGAACCGCCGGAUCAUCGAGCUGGACCGCACAACUGAAAACGAAUGAUUCUCGGAGAAGCCAUUAUCUGAAGUUUGAGCUCUGCGCUCCUGCCAUCACAUAAAUGACCGUACACAAUAAGACUUUAUUUCGUUUCAUUUACAGAUAGCAGCAACGAUGGCGGGGACGAGCGUGGGAUUAUCCGACGUAGAAAGUUUCCUAGACGAGCACCCCGAAUUAUUAGAGGACUAUUUGAACAGAAAGAGGAAGCACGGGUUGGUGGAAAAGUGGCUGAAGAACCACCAAGAGACGAAAACUCCGGCGAACUCCAGCGCGGAACCGGAGAAAAGCGCAAACGCCGCCGCCGCCGCUAGUAAAGACAGCUGGGCGAGCAGGAGCGACGGUCUGCAGAGACGAGCAUCCCAAAAAGAGCUGCGGAAAACCUUCGCCAGGUCCAAAGCCAUCAAUGCCAACCGGACCUACGACGAGCACGUGAACUCCCGAGCCCAGGAGCCGCUGACCAGCAUGCGGAGACGCGCGCUUUUGCGCAAAGCCAGCUCGUUACCGCCGACCACCGCGCACAUCCUCUCCGCUCUGCUCGAGUCCCGGGUCAACAUCCCACAGUACCCGUCCACCGCCGUGGACUACAAGUAUUACCUGAAGGAGCACAACGAGAGGGAGUUCUUCCUGGAGCUCGUCAAAGACAUCUCCAACGACCUGGACCUGACCAGUCUCAGCUACAAGGUCCUGGUGUUCGUGUGCAUCAUGGUGGACGCAGACCGCUGCUCGCUGUUUUUGGUGGAGGGUCCGGCCAACAAGAAGACUCUGGUGUCCAAGUUCUUUGAUGUUCACGCAGGAACCGCAGUGUUGCCCUCGCUGAGGAACUCGGAUGAGGUGCAGGUUCCCUGGGGAAAGGGAAUCAUCGGAUACGUGGCUGAACAUGGAGAAACUGUCAACAUUCCCGACGCCUAUCAGGAUCAUCGUUUCAGUGAUGAGAUCGAUAAACUCACAGGAUAUAAGACCAAGUCUUUGCUGUGUAUGCCAAUCAGAAACAGUGAUGGAGAGGUCAUCGGGGUCGCACAGGCCAUCAAUAAGAGUCCUCAUGGAGCGCUCUUUACCGAAGACGACGAGAAGGUGUUACAGAUGUAUCUGCCCUUCUGUGGUAUCGCCAUCUCAAAUGCCCAACUGUUUGCUGCCUCGCGGAAAGAGUACGACAGAAGCCGGGCUCUUCUGGAGGUUGUGAAUGACCUGUUUGAGGAACAGACUGAUCUGGAGAAGAUUGUGAGGAAGAUCAUGCAUCGAGCUCAGACUCUGCUGAAAUGUGAACGCUGCUCGGUCCAGUUGCUGGAGGACAUUGAAUCUCCGGUGGUGAAGUUCACAAAGUCUUUUGAGCUUCUGUCACCCAAGUGCAGUGCUGACAUGGAGAACAGCUUCAAAGACAGCAUGGACAAAUCCUCGUACUCUGAUUGGCUGAUUAAUAACAGUAUAGCAGAGUUGGUCGCGUCCACUGGACUGCCUGUGAACAUCAGCGACGCCUAUCAGGACCCACGCUUUGAUGCUGAAGCAGAUCAGUUUUCUGGCUUUCAUAUUCGCUCAGUCCUGUGUGUCCCUAUCUGGAAUAGUAACCACCAAAUCAUAGGUGUUGCUCAGGUCUUAAACAGAUUGGAUGGGAAACCGUUUGAUGAUGCUGAUCAGAGACUGUUUGAGGCAUUUGUGAUAUUCUGUGGACUUGGAAUCAACAACACUAUAAUGUAUGACCAAGUGAAGAAGUCCUGGGCUAAACAGUCUGUUGCUCUGGAUGUGUUAUCGUAUCAUGCCACAUGCUCAAAGACUGAAGUGGAUAAGUUUAAGGCAGCAAACAUCCCUCUGGUGUGUGAGCUGGGCAUUGAUAAACUAUCAUUUGAUGACUUCUCUCUGGAUGUGGAUGCCAUGAUCACUGCAGCUCUGCGCAUGUUUAUGGAGUUGGGAAUGGUGCAAAAAUUCAAGAUCGACUAUGAGACUCUUUGUCGUUGGCUGUUGACAGUGAGGAAGAACUACCGCAUGGUUCUGUAUCAUAACUGGAGACACGCCUUCAAUGUGUGCCAGUGCAUGUUUUCAAUGCUGACAACGGCUGGAUUUCAGGAGACGCUGUCGGAGAUGGAGAUUUUGGCCCUGAUAGUCGGCUGUAUUUGCCAUGAUUUGGACCACAGAGGAACAAACAAUGCAUUCCAGGCCAAGACAGGCUCAGCUCUCUCUCUCUUGUACGGGACAUCAGCAACACUUGAACAUCAUCACUUUAACCACGCUGUCAUGAUCCUACAGAGCGAGGGUCACAAUAUCUUCUCUAAUCUGUCCUCACAUGAGUACAGUGAACUCAUGCAGCUCCUAAAACAAUCCAUUCUGGCUACAGACCUCACACUUUACUUUCAGAACAGAAAUUCCUUCUUUGAGCUGGUAAAUAAAGGUGAAUAUAACUGGAAUGUGAAGGAUCACAGAGAUAUGUGCAGGUCAAUGUUGAUGACGGCAUGCGAUCUGGGAGCUGUGACUAAACCCUGGGAGAUAUCACGUAAGGUGGCGGAGCUGGUGACCAGUGAGUUUUUCGAACAGGGAGACAGAGAGAGAUCAGAACUGAAACUCACUCCAUCGGCUAUUUUUGACCGAAACCGUAAGGAUGAGCUGCCAGGGUUACAGCUGGAAUGGAUCGAUGGCAUCUGUGCUCCGCUGUAUGAGACUUUUGCCAAGUUAAACCCUAAACUGCAGCCGAUGGUUGAACUGAUCAAGGGCAACCGUGCAAAAUGGGAGGAACUUCACCACAGGCACCAACGCAGUCAGGAAACCAGCAGUCCUGGAAGUUCAUGCGACGGCGACACCACAGCAUCCAGCUGCAACUGCGCAAGCUAACUCAUGGGACCGAUACGACACGUUUUGCCAAACGCUUCUCUUUGACCGCAGUGUUGCACGCGCAGGAGGAGUUUUAUCCUUUGCUGCACGCUUCAGACCGGCAGGUGUAACCUCAACCGUCUG